AUGUGCGGCCGAUGCUAUGGGACGGUCUUGCGCAUGUUAUUCAUGCUCCUACCGUACUGUGGACUCGCAAGCGCGACCACGAUUACGUUCAAAGCAGGCGGUUUUAUUGCUUCUCAGAAGAGCUUCAGCUUCGAAUCCGGAACGAUGCAAGAGGUGUAUAACUGGUUAUGCGCAGAAGCGGACGCAAAGGGCAGUACGAAGCGGAACAGCUUCUACAUGCGGUACCGUUUAUUUUUCGGAAGAUCUUCGUGAUGCUUUUGCUGAGCACUGAUGGUGGCUGUGUUUGUGUGCCAUGCAUGGGUAAGUAGAAAUUCAGAAUCUAAGUAUCUUCCCUUAUAGCAUGAGUGUUGGUUUUGGGUUUUUUGGGCUCGUGAUCAUCUCUUUUCAGCCGGGAGCGACUGCCGGAUUCUUUUCUGAUGAUACAUAAAUUAGAUGGCUACAUUUUUGCAACGCAGGGCUACGAUCGCAGGUCAGCCGUUUUUAUACGAUCAUCAGACUGGGAAGUUUUACAGCAUUAGGACCGACUUGAGCCGCACGAUCCAAAGCCACAUGAACUCACACCCGGGACUGUCGCAAGUGGUGAGGAAGUGGCAAAGCCAAGGAAAACUCGCGCCCAUCAUUGUGUACUGCACAUACUUACUUCGUAAUCCCUUAUUUGAUUGUCGUAUGUAAAUGUAUAUGCAAGAGGCGCGUGUAUUCAGGUGAGCGGCAUUUGCUUUUGCAUAACCACGAGAAGUUUUCGAUGAAGCCGGUGUACCUCUCGCUGCAGGUCUUAAAAGGCGGUGCCAGGCACUGGAAAAAGUAUGGAUCAACUAGGUAUUCAUUUUCGGCCUGCUGCGGGUUGGUGGUGCAUGAGCUCUACAAUCCGCUUCUACCUAUCUUGAAAUACAGGAACUUCGACGACGCCCUAGCAGCUGCAGGCGAAGGAGAUGAGCCGCCAGACAGAGACCUCGACGAGCAAGUUGCACAGCAGCGCGGAGGGGUGUCACGCGACUGAAAUCUUGUAGCAAGGCAGUGCCAACAGAUGCUUCCGAUUUUCAAUAGGAGACGGUUUCCCUAGUGGGUGACGCGACCGCUUCGAAGGGCGAGGUUGAGAGUCUCCGCGCGGAACGAAUCGGUCCUGCUAGAAUUUGGUGUCCCGUCGUUUCGGCUUAAUGUCUUGAACAAAAACCGCCGACUCGCUGUUGCGCGAUCGAGGGACAAUCGUAUAUACUAUAUAGAAGUGCUUCGUGUCAGAGAACGAAUCAAGACGGAUUUGGUGUAUUCUUGGCUCUCACUUUCAGCACAGAUAUUAUCUAGAAAAUAAUAGGUACUUUUAUUCCUGACUUGGACAGACACAGAGGCAGAGUUCGUUGUCGAAUCGGACGAAGGAGGCAGCUGCAUUCGCCUCAGCGUCCAAUAGGUACUAGGCCGGCCCGGAUUCCUCGGACGUCGGCAGCCAGUUUUUUUCAUAAACUUUGACUGACAGCGGGAGCGGCAGCGGCCGCAAUGGCCUGGAACAGUAUGCAAUGUAAGCUAC